GCCCAAUAAUUAUUUACGGGAACUACUCUAGGGUUUUAGUUAUUUCCUUUUUAUAUAUAAGCGUAGAGGGAACCGUAUUGUGCCGCCGUAGAAGAAUCAGAAGUCGUCAGCUCCGGAACACCUGCAAACAUGGUUCUUCAAAACGAUAUCGAUCUUCUUAACCCACCAGCAGAGCUUGAGAAGAGGAAGCACAAGCUCAAGCGUCUUGUUCAGUCGCCUAAUUCCUUCUUCAUGGAUGUCAAGUGCCAAGGCUGCUUCAACAUUACUACCGUGUUCAGCCACUCGCAGACCGUUGUGGUAUGCGGAAACUGCCAGACAAUUCUGUGCCAGCCUACUGGAGGAAAGGCUAGGCUCACCGAAGGAUGCUCUUUCAGGAAAAAGUGAGAGAAUGAUUUGAAGCUUAUCAUAAUAUCAAAUCAAGGCUGCUUUCUUUCUUCUUUUUUUGGUCGCUGGAUGUUAGAAUAAACCUAUGUUGAUGUUUGGAUGUUAAGGUUGUUACUAUUUUGACGUCUGAAUCUUAAAUUAGUACGGCUUUUCAACUUCUUUAUGCAAAAGUUGGUUCGUUGGCUUGGAGA